AUGGCAAGAAACUCCAGGUUCCUCAUCAGUGUUGUUAGUAGGACUCAAGGACUGACUGAUGCACCUACCUUUUUAUCUGAGUGUUAUGGAUGUGAGAAUUGCAAUUACUUUUUAGAUCAUACGGAGCUGCUUUAUUCUGUGGAUCUUGCUCCAUGGGUACCAGUUGUGGGUCUGGAAAUUCAUGCACAGAUCAGUUCCAACUCAAAACUUUUUUCUGGUUCCCAAGUCCAGUUUGCAGCACCUCCUAACUCUUUGGUAUCGUUCUUUGAUGCUUCUUUACCAGGAACUUUACCAGUUCUCAACAGGAGAUGUGUAGAAGCAGCAGUGAUGACAGGCCUGGCACUCAACUGCAGCAUAAACAAGAAGUCCUUGUUUGACAGAAAACACUAUUUCUAUGCAGAUCUGCCUGCUGGCUAUCAAAUCACUCAGCAACGAGUUCCUAUUGCAGUGAAUGGAAGUCUGUCAUACAGUCUCUGCAUAGACAACAAAAUGAGCCAGAUGGUGACCAAAACUGUGAGGAUUAAACAAAUUCAGUUGGAGCAAGACAGUGGAAAGAGUCUCCACGAUGACACAAGGAGCCAGACUCUCGUUGACUUGAAUAGGGCUGGAGUCGGCCUCAUGGAGGUUGUUAUGGAGCCUGAUAUGUGCUGUGGGGAAGAAGCAGCUGCAGCAGUCAGAGAGCUUCAGCUCAUUCUUCAAACGCUUGGGAGCAGCCAGGCAGUCAUGGCAGAGGGUCAGCUGAGAGUGGAUGCCAAUGUUUCUGUGCAUCACCCUGGAGAGCCUUAUGGAGUGAGGACUGAAGUGAAGAAUAUCAAUAGCAUACGAUUCCUGGCAAAAGCAGUAGACUAUGAAAUACAGAGGCAAAUUGAAGAACUUGAAAAAGGAGGAACAAUUCUGAAUGAAACAAGAGCCUUUGAUUCCAAGCUUGGGUGCACUGUAUCAAUGAGAGACAAAGAAGGAAAACAGGAUUAUCGGUUCAUGCCAGAGCCAAACCUUCCUCCAUUGAUUCUGUACGAUACUAAAUCUUUGCCAGCUAAUCUGAACCAUCAGCAAGUGGUAAAUAUUGAUUGGAUUCAUGAGAGACUUCCUGACCUCCCCAGUGUGAAGAGAGCAAAGCUUGUUGAACAGUAUGGAAUUCUUCCUGAACACAGCUUCACCUUAUUGAAUGAAGACGGAUUAACAGAAUUCUUUGAAAAUGUGGUAAAAGAGACCCAGAUGAAGCCAAAGAAAGUGAUCGGCUGGAUUCUAAAUGACCUGCUCAGUUAUUUGAAACAACAUUCCCUUACAGUAAAGGAAAGCCCAGUCAGUUCUUUUCUCCUGGCUGACCUUCUGAACCUUCUAGAAAAAAAAGAAAUUUCUUCUACAGCAGCAAAGCAGGUGCUUGCGGAAUUGUGGAAGGGAGAAGGGAAGACUCCUCUUGAAAUUGUUAAAGAAAAGAAACUUGAACUGAUACAGGAUCAAAACGAGCUUGAACAGAUCUGCCAGGCGGUGAUUGAUGGACAAGAAAAUGAGGUUAUGGCAAUAAAAGCAGGAAAUCGAAAAGUUCUAAAUAAGUUAAUUGGCCUGGUACAAAGAGAAACACAAGGACGAUCCAAUCCUGUUCUGGUGAAGCAAUUAUUAGAGAAGAAGCUGUCAGAGUAG